AUGGAAAAGUGUGAGUUUCCGCUUACAUCAAAGGAGAUUAAACAAUUAAUAUGUGCUUAUAUACAAAGGAACGGACUCAUAACUCGUUUCAAAGAUGAUUACCCUGGCAAAGAAUGGUUUCGGGGUUUUAAAAGGCGACACAGAUUAAGUGUCAAAAAACCACAGUCCGUAGAGGUUGCCAGGAAAAAAGCCUGCAAUCCUUUCACUGUUAACAAUUAUUUUGAUUUGUUGGAGCGCAUAAUGAAGGAACUGGAACUAGAAGACAAACCCCAACAUAUAUAUAACUUAGAUGAGACCAGCUUCUGCAACGACCCCACCAAGACUAAAGUUGUUGGCCUGAAGGGGUACCCUUCUACUAGAACAACUGCGUCCCCUGGAAGGAAUAACACCACUGUACUGUUAGCUUCAAAUGCGCUCGGUAAAAAGAUCCCUCCCUUGAUAGUAUUUCAGGGGAAACAACUAGGGUCGAAUUGCUUUUUCGAAAACGAAAAUGUUAAUACAGCGUAUGUUGGAAGCCGUAAGGGGUGGAUGGAAACCAAAAUAUUCGAAAAUUAUAUCGCAAAGGUUUUCAUACCAGCAAUUGGACCGGAAAGGCCAGUCUUAUUAAUAUUUGAUGGCCAUUCAACACAUGUAGACUUGAGUGUUAUAGAACUUCUAAUGGCCAACCAGAUAACAGUUCUUAAACUGCCGGCUCACUCAUCCCAUAUUCUGCAACCAUUAGACUGCAGCACAAUGAAACCUAUGAAAGACAACUGGGACAGUGAAUUGGUAAAAUGGCAAAGACUCCAUGUGGGUGCAAAGCUUCCAAAACCAGAAUUUGCCAGGAUCAUAACUAAGAUAUGGAAUGAUUUGAACCCAGUUAUCAUUCAAAAUGGCUUUAGAAAAUCUGGUAUAUAUCCGUUGAAUCGUGAUACAAUUCCAAAAGAAAAGUUUGACAAGCUUUCAUGGUCAAAAUGGGAAGAACAUAUUCGCCAACAAAAUGAACAGUCUCAUAGCGUUGCCAAUAAUAAUGCUGAAGAAGGAAGGAAGGUAGAAAAUGGCACUCAGGAAGAUAAAAGUCAGGACAGAAAUGAAGUUCCAACACUCACGAGUAUGUGCACGAGCAUGUGGCUUGAGAUCCUUAAUCGUGGGAAGAAAGAAAUAGAUCUACCCAAACGCGUGAAAGACCCUAAAACGUUUUUAAUUUCACUUUCUAAAAAUACCAAUUCCAAUAUUACCAACAGUGGCUCUGGUAACGUCAAAAUAUUGAGCAAUAUCGAACUCACUUCAACUAGCUAUCAAAAACAGAAAGAUGAACAUGUUUCAUUUGAAGAACUUCUUUUGGAGACCAUUUCACGUAGUGACAUACCUAAAACUUCAAGAAAACGCGUUAGUCAAGAAGCAGAGAUAUUAACUUACAAAGAAGCUAUUGAUCGUAUGAAAAAAAAGAAAGAUGAAAAAGAAAAGGCGGAAGAAAUUAAAAGACUCAAUAAACUUAAAAGAGUAAACAACAAAAAGAAAAACGAGAAAAAGAAACAGAAAAAGUUGAUUGACAAAAAAAGCAAAUCUAAAAAAAGAAAGAAUUUGGAAUCGGACAGUGAAAGCGAUUGUUCAUACACACCGAUGGAUGAUUCUGAUGAUGAAGAUUUAGCUGCCUUUGCUCAAAGAUUGUUGUGUGAUGAGAGCUUUGACGAAGAUUUGCAAGAGCCAUUACUAUCAACUACUAACGAAAAUUUAGAGAAGAAACCUAAACUAAAAAGCGAAAGAGUAAAUAAAAGACGAAAACAAAUAUCCGGAGAAAAGGAUGUCAAUAUAAACAAGGAAGUGAAUUUUACCAAAAAACUAUCUACUUUGGAAGAUGCUUGUGAAGAAGAAUUGCAAGAACCGCUACAAUCUACAUCGAAAGAAGAAGAGAAAGAUACACGUAAAAUGAAAAAAGAAAGAGUGAACAAAAGAACUAAUAACAAUAGGAUGGUGGAAUCAUUAAGAGGGAAGGAAAAGGAAGUGAAUUUUACCAAAAAACGAUCUACUUUGAACGACGCUUGUGAAGUAGAGUUGCAAGAACCGCUACAAUCUACAUCGAAAGAAGAAGAGAAAGAUACACGUAAAAUGAAAAAAGAAAGAGUGAACAAAAGAACUAAUAACAAUAGGAUGGUGGAAUCAUUAAGAGGGAAGGAAAAAGAAGUGAAUUUUACCAAAAAACGAUCUACUUUGAACGACGCUUGUGAAGUAGAGUUGCAAGAACCGCUACAAUCUACAUCGAAAGAAGAAAAAGAUAUGCUUAAAAUGAAAGAAGAAAGAGUAACGAAAAGAUCUAUUAACAACAGGAUGGUGGAAUCACUAAGAGGGAAGGAAAACGAUAUGCCGAAUUCCUCCGAAGUAAAUAACGAUCUCAACGAGGGAGACUUUAUUCUUGCUGCAUUUCAGUCGAUCAAAGGCAAAAGAACCUACAAAUACGUUUGCCUUAUUGAUCAAAUCAACCAAGAAAAAAUUGUAGUAAAAGGACUCAAAUCUUAUAAAAAUAACAGAGAAUUUAGGUUAGUUGAAGAUGAUAUUUCAAUUAUAGAAAAAAAAGAUGUGAUCUCACGUUUACCAAAACCUGUGUUAAAUGAACAAAGAGACACUGUGAUAUUUCCUUAUAAGGUAGAGAUAUUUGAAUGUAAGUAAACAAGUUACCCUUUCUGAGAGAAUGGACAUUUGGGAAAUGUAAACAAUUAUUCAUAUAGUAUUAAGUACAAAAACGUUAUUUAAUUUAAGUGUUAAAACUAAUUUCAUGUUACUAAUAGAAGCUUAUAAACGUAAUAAAUUACGUUACGUUACGAUUUUUCAUAUUAAUUAGUAUGGUAUUCAGUACAAAAACUUUAUUUAAUUUAAGUAUAUACCAAAAGACUUAUUUCUUGUUAGUUACUAGUAAAUAGUUUCAAAAUAUAACUAAAAAAGACUGUAUAAAUAAACAUAAAAUAUUUUAUUAUUAUGAUUAAUAAAAAUAAGCUAGACAAAAUAGUUUAAGUAUGCAUAAAAAACUUUUUUCUUGGCAUUAAUUAAAGCUAGGAAACGUAACUUUGCAACCUUACUAAUUAGUAAAUAGUUUGAUAAAAGUUAAAAAAGGCUGUUUGAUUAAGUUACUUAUUUAGAUUAAUAAAGAUAAAGCUAGAUAAAAUAGUUUAAGUAUGCAUAAAAUACUUAUUUCUUGUCAUUAGUUGAAGCUAGGAAACGUAACUACGUAACAUUACUAAUUAUUUAGUAGUCUGAUAAAAGUAAAAAGGCUGUUUGAUUAAGCAUAAGUAAACUAUUUUAUGAUGAUUAAUAAAAAUAUAGCUAUUAUUUUUUAGUCUGUUUAACAACUAAAA